AUGCAGGGUCAAACAGGCCCUGGAAGGCCGGAUGUACCGAGACGCUGGAAUGGUCCGCCUAUAGACCUUUUCCCAAGUAGACCGUACAACAACAACAGGCUCGGAUGCACUCGAGGUAGUUGUAUGCCAACUCCUGUGGCUUCCCUUGGGAAUCAGUAUGGGAGUGCAGUAACUCCGCCGCAGGAGGCCUUUGGAACUCACUCGGUCCACCAAACGGAGCUCUCUGCAUCAGCGUCGCCUUCUUGGGAGCGCAUGGGACCGCCAAUGAGUUCGGCGCCUGACCGUUUGUUGGGACCUCCCAUAGUUGGUAGGCCCAACGCGGCAGGCGAGUCGCGAAGUACUAGGGAGUGGCUCGAAGUCACUGCCUACCAACCUGUUGACGUCGUCACCAGGACUGUGGAAGUGCCUGUUACUCGAACAGUUGAUGUGUAUGUCCCAAAGCCAGUCGUUCGAGAAAAAGUAGUCGAAGUACCCAAACUGGUUCCCAAAUACAUUGAAAAAAUCGUGGAAGUCCCUCAAAUUGAAUGGGUAGAGAGAGUCGUUGAAGUUCCCGAGGUAAUGUACAAUACCAAAAUAGUCCCUAAAGUUGAAAUUCGAGAGAACAUAGUGGAGAAGCCGGUAUUUUGCCAGAAAUGGGUUGAAAAGAUCGUGGAGGUGUCAGUUGUGGAAGAAGUCAUUCGCUACCGGACCAUCCAUGAACCCGAAGAAAUUAUCAAGUACAUCCCUAAUGGGCACGAAGAAGAAGAGUGGAGAGGCUCUCCGAUUCUAACUAUCCCACCUCACCAGACACCUGAACUGCCACCUAAAUGGGGAGGAACUCCCCAACCUUCUCCCCGGCAUCCCUUGGUCAAAGCUGCAUUGCAGCGAUCAUAG